AAGGCAGCAGCAGGCAGCAGCUGUGAUCUUCUCUUCAUGCAUUUCUGCCGCUAGCUAGCUAUACUUCUGCUGCUAGUUUGGUUAUUGCUCGCUCCAUCAGAUCGUUGCAGAGAUCUGCUAGCUGCUGCUAUCAGUAAUGGGGAUGGAGUCAAAGAAGCCUUACGUGAUCGCCAUCGUCGUCCAGCUCAUCUACACCGGCAUGUUCGUCGUCUCCAAGGCGGCCUUCAACCAUGGCAUGAACACCUACGUCUUCAUCUUCUACCGCCAGGCCGCCGCGUCGCUCCUCCUCCUUCCUAUCGCACUUGUUCUCGAAAGGAAAAAUGUGACAACCUUGUCGCCUUGGCUGCUUCUGAAGCUCUUCUUCUUAGCCUUAAUCGGGAUCACAUUCAGCCUAAACCUGUACAACGUCAGUCUCAAGUUCACGUCGGCAACCGUGGCGUCUGCGGCGACCAACGCCAUGCCAGUCGUCACCUUCUGCUUCGCGCUGCUACUGAAGAUGGAGGCGGUGAAGCUGAGGAGCUCAUCGGGCCUAGCCAAGCUCGCCGGCGUGUCGCUCUGCCUCGCCGGAGUCUUCACCAUCGCCUUCUACGUCGGGCCCGCGCUGAGCCCCGUGAACCGCCACCGCGCCUUCGCCGCCUCCGCCAGUCCAGCUCCGAGCGGCGGCAGGACGACAUGGAUCAAGGGCACGUUCCUGAUCGUGCUCGCCAACAUGGCGUGGUCGCUCUGGAUCGUGCUGCAGGGCAGGCUGCUCAAGGAGUACCCCAACAAGAUGCUCGUCACGGUGACGCAGUGCGUGUUCAGCGCCGUGCAGUCGUUCGUCGUUGCCAUCGUGGCCGAGAGGGACUUCUCCAGGUGGCACCUCCGGCUCGACGUCAGCUUGCUCGCCGUCCUUUACACCGGGUUCGUGGUGACUGGAGUAACCUACUACCUGCAAGCAUGGUGUGUGGAGAUGAAAGGCCCCGUCUUCUUCGCCGUCUGGACACCGCUUUGCUUCAUCUUCACAAUAUUCUCGUCGUCAUUCUUCCUAGGAGAGAUUGUGCACCUUGGCAGUAUUGUUGGGGGAAUCCUGCUGGUUGGUGGACUUUACAGUGUGCUCUGGGGUAAGAGCAAGGAAACAAAGGUUGCGUGUGGCAAGGUGAAUAGUGCAGCGGAUGAUGUUGACGAGGAGAAUAAUAAUCAUCAUAAACCUCAAGAGAAGGUGGAGACAACAUCAGCAUCAAUAGUUGACCAUGUGUGACGGAUUAUUGGUCGAUCAAUUCUUAAUUCAGAGUCUAGCAGGCCUGGGCCUGGCCCUUAACUUCCUUGGCUGCUGAUUCCUCAAAAAAAAAAUCCUCGGCUGCUAUUUAUCAAAAUGCAAUCUCUAUGGACCUUGGCUGCUAUCUAUCAAUACAAUCUCUAUGGAUAAAGCAGAUGGCCAUAUUAAUAGGGACAACUAUAAUUUCUUUAGUCAUAUAUUUUAAAAAGCAGUGAGGUCCCAACUCUUAAAUGUUGUUACUGAUAUGAAGUAUGAACUAGAUUAGUCAUGCUCAGCAGACCAAACGCUAGAAGUGUUGUACUGGUGUAGUAUGUGUUUGGAAUGUAAGAGCAGCCAAGAUGUAAAAUUUUGCAGCAUCCUUGUUAUACAAAAUGUU